UCGGUCACACUGCACAAAAAAAGCGGGAAUGCUUUCAAACAACAAAAUUAACGCCGAGAUUCUAAGAUAGAUAAAAGAAAAUCACAUAAUGCCAAGAAAAACCGCCGCGAGGACCACCAAUGUGCCAAAACCAACAUUAGGCGACACGGACGCUGAAAGCGACGACGACACUGCAUUCCGAUCACCUGAACCCGAGGAUGGCACCGACUACGGCUUAGAGUUUACCACCAGUCGACUGACGCUGCAGGAUGCCAACAAUCGUCGCUGCUCGACGCUGCGCAAGGACACAAAUGCCGGCAGGAGAACCCGGCAAGCGGAAAGGACCUCAUCCAGCGCCGAGGAAGAUGAGGAAAACUAUCAACCGGAACUUAGGCAGUCAAAUCGACAAGAGCGACAGCCGGCAUCCAAUCAGCAGCAGAGUCGCCAAGCUGCCGGCCAGGUAACAAGAGCAGGAACCAGCGGUACCCAGGCUCAGCCCAGGCGACGCAAAGCUCCGAAUCCCAUAAGCAGGGCUAGGCGAAUGGAUCGCGAUAUCCGCCGACUGCAGGAAAAUCCGGGCUUGCUCAUACCGAAACUGCCGUUCUCGCGACUGGUGCGAGAACUAAUUGUCCAGUUCAGCGACGGCGCGCCAUUGAGGGUCACCGAGGGUGCCUUGUUGGCCAUGCAAGAAUCCUCCGAAAUGUACUUGACCCAACGGCUCUCCGACGCCUACUUGCUAACAAGACACCGCAGUCGCGUCACGCUGGAGGUGCGCGACAUGGCGUUGAUGAGCUACAUCUGUGACCGUGCUCAUCGCUAGACCAAAAUACGCAAGGCUGUAAGGCAUAUUUAGAUUUUAAUUUAAUAAUUAAAUCCUGUAUAGUUAGAUCCACAUUAUAGUAAAUCUGGAGCGGCAGGUUUUAGUUCUUGUAUUUAGCUUGGAUUCCGUGUUAGUUUUGUUGUCGCGCAAAGUUUUGAUUAUACAUUUUGUAAUUUUAAGUGUAAAAAUGUUGAAUAAAAAGUUUUUAAGCAUUUUGUUAGCUUUA